AUGAAGGGAAGACAAUCAAGAAAUAGUAUUGAUGUGUUGUAUGACAGUUCUGGGAAGAAGCUAGCUACUUUGCAAGAAAUCAAGGGAGAGAUUAGUCAGUUUUAUACAGGGCUGAUUGGUACUGUUGCUCCAUCCUUAGUUGGGAUUGAUGUGAAUAUUAUUAGGAAGGGUAAACAGCUGUCUGAUAGUGCUGCUAAUGAGUUGAUUCAACCUGUUACAGAAAGUGAAAUUGAUGCUGCACUCAAAGGAAUUGACCCUAAUAAAGCUCCAGGAUUAGAUGGCUUUAAUAGUCUAUUCUUUUUAUGGGCUUGGGAUUUAUUAAAGGAUAUGUCUAUAAGGCUAAUGCAAAAGGUGAUUGGUGAUGUCAUCAGUCCUUCCCAAGCUGGUUUUAUCCCUGGUAGGAACAUUUCUGAUAACAUUUUAUUGGCUUGUGAGCUGGCAAAGUGCUAUUCUAGGAAGAAUAUUUCACCUGGGUGUAUGUUAAAGGUGGAUAUGAAGAAAGCUUAUGACUCCCUGGAAUGGUCUUUCUUGCCGAGUAUGCUUGCUGAGUUGGGAUUCCCAACUAGAUUUGUUAGCUGGGGAUGGAAUAUCUAUCAAGAUGCUUGGCUGAUCUCACCAGUAAUAAAGGCUUUAAAUUCCACCCAAGAUUUCUCAAGAGCUUCAGGACUAGAAGCAAAUCUUCAUAAGAGUGAAGUGUAUCUAGCAGGGAUUAAUGAUCAGAAGGUAGACCAGGUAGUUGAUAUAUUGGGGAUUGCUAAAGGUACUUUCCCAAACAGAUAUUUAGGGGUGCCUCUCACAACUAGGAAGCUCAGUUACAAUGAAUGGAAACCACUUAUUGAGAAAACAGUUACAAGAAUUAAAGGGUGGUCUGCAAGAUUGCUUUCUUAUGCUGGUAGGCUUCAGCUUAUCAAAUCAGUAUUGUUUGGUGUCCAGUUGUACUGGUGCCAAAUUUUUGUGAUGCCUAAAAAGGCUAUGAAGGAGAUUCAGAGGCUUUGUAGGAGCUGCUUAUGGACAGGCACUGAUGUUAGGUCCAAGAAAGCUCCUAUUGCUUGGGAGAAUCUUUGUCUACCCAAGACCUGUGGUGGCUGGAACUUGAAAGAACUCACUACUUGGAACAAAGUUGCUGUGUUGAAGCACUGUUGGGCUCUCUCUAUGAAGCAAGACAGGCUCUGGGUUAAGUGGAUGCAUACCUAUUACAUACAGCAGAGGGAUUUCUGGUCCAUGCCAGUCCCUAAUGGCCUUACUUGGUCAAUGAGGAAGAUUUGGCAUCAAAGAGAUUUGCUGUUGCAGGCUGGAGGUGGGAGUCAGUUUGUGGUUGCAGGAAUGUUUAAGAUCCAUAAAGCAUACAAACAUCUGCAUCAAAGUGGUGUACAGGUGCCUUGGAAGAGAUUGGUUUGUAACAGUACCUUUGUUGUGUGGUUAGCUGUCCAGAAUAGGCUUGCUACCAAAGAUAGGCUGAUCAAGUGGAAUAUGCCUGUGGUCAGUACUUGUAGUCUGUGUGACCAACAUGAUGAGGAUCUGUCUCAUCUGUUUUUCUCUUGCAAAUACUCUGCUGAAGUGUGGGAGUUGGUUCUGAAUAACCUGGGGAUACAGAGAAGUGGUUUAAAGUGGAAAGAGGAGGUUAACUGGGCAAUCAAGAAGAGUAGGAGCUCAAGGAAAACUGAUGCUAGUUGUGCUAUGGCAUUCAUUGAGACUGUGUAUGGGAUUUGGCUGCAAAGGAACUCCAAAACUUUUUCUAGCAAAGUUGAUCCUCCCUUGGUUGUUGAUAACAGAAUUCUAUUCUUUGUAGCUUGUAGACAGUAG